UACUAAUUUAGUACUCCGUAGAGUAUCUUCCCAAUUCUCAUCUCUCAUCAGCAUCGAGUAUUUUGGAGCAAAGGAACGGACGCCGCCUUUUCUCUUGCAACCCGUUUGAACGAUUCCAUUCUUCUCCGCGUGCGCAUCCCGGUUGCGUCGGAUUGCGCGUCCCACCGCCACCAGCAUUCACACACCCCUUCUCUGUCGUUGCGGCCUCCCCUUUCUCUUUUUUGUUAGUGCCAGUAGUACUUUUCGUCGGAUCCACCGAGAUUAGGCUCGUCGAGGGAGCGAUUUUGGCUACUCGUUCGCCUGUUGAUUCUUUCUUGGCGGCUAUUCUAGUGGUUUUCUUCUCUCUCCCCUUGGCUUUUUUUCCGCUUGAUCCGCUCCACAUUUCCGGCCGCCGAAUCCGAAGCACGCAGCCCCCGUUCUAUCCGAAUCGCUCAAGAGUAGAGGGAGGGAUUGGAAUUAGGGCUUCUAGCGCCAGUUUUCGGAGGAGCAGCACGAGCGGAGCGGGCUUCGGUGCUUCUCUCGGGUCGUGCUCUUCUGAAGUUGCUUCAGGCAUGGAGAACUAUCGGAGGAGAGGUCCGGUGGUAUGCUUCUUGUUCUGGUUCUUGAUGGGGUUUGAGCUGUGUGCGUCUCUGAAUCAUGAAGGUCUUGUUCUUCUGAGGUUUAAGGAUACGAUAGAAGAUGAUCCAUCUCAUGCUCUGCUGGAUUGGGAUGAAGGGAACGCUGGCCCUUGUUCUUGGUUUGGUGUGGAGUGCUCGGAUGAUGGACGGGUGAUUGGCCUGAACUUAGCAAAUCUUGGUCUAAAGGGUGUGUUACCUCCGGAGAUUGGACAGCUUACACAUAUGCAUUCUCUCAUCCUGCACAAGAACUCUUUCUACGGUAUCAUCCCUACAGAGAUAGGAGAUUUAUGGGACUUGCAGGUUUUAGAUCUGGGGUACAAUAACUUCCAUGGACCAAUUCCACCAGAGCUUUUCUCCCUAGAAUUUCUCUUUCUUAAAGGAAACAGAUUUUCUGGUGGUUUACCACUUGAAUUAAAUGAGCUCAUCAGUCACUGCGAGUCCCAGGUUCAUCAAGGCAGGACUCCAUCAAAUAGGAUGCCCACUGCAAGUUAUUCGCCAUGUAGGAGUAAGGAGAAUGCUACAAUCAGAAGAAUUCUAGCAAGCAAACAAGAACUUUCUCUGAAGGAUGAGAUGCUUGGUGCUGAAACUUCUGUACUAGAACCAUCAGAUGGGAACCCUUUUUUCUCAGUCAAAGAUCCUCCCCAGAAUCCAACACCACCAGUUUCGCAUCCCAAGCAUGCCCUUGCUCCACCAAAUUCUCCACUGGCGCCACCUCCUUCUGAACCUGUCACCUCCCCUGCCCAUACUGUAUCUCCCAACAAAGACCACAUGUCAAGUAAAGAGAGCAAGAACAAGAAGCGCAGCUCUUCAAAAAUAUAUGCAUUCAUAGGAGCAGCAAUUUGUUUUGCGGUUGUAACCUUGUCAGCGGCAAUAUUUUUUUGCUACCGCCGCAGGAAGACUAGCAUUGUUGUGCCCUUGUCUCCAACUGGAAGUAGCAGGCAAUUACAGGCCAGUAACCUGGAAGGCAUAACUUCAUUCAGACGGUCAGAACUCGAAACAGCCUGUGAAGGUUUCAGCAAUGUAAUUGGUACACUACCUGGAUGUACACUGUAUAAAGGAACUCUUCCAUGUGGAGCAGAAAUAGCUGUUGUGUCUACAUUGAUAAAAUAUUCCUACAGGUGGUCUCCUAUAGCUGAAGCAGAAUUCAAGAAUAAGGUUGAAGUCUUGUCACAAGUGAACCAUAAGAAUUUCGUGAACCUUUUGGGUUACUGUAAAGAAGAAGAACCAUUUACUCGGAUGAUGGUGUUUGAGUAUGUUCCAAAUGGAUCACUAUUUGAACACUUGCAUGUUAAAGAGGCUGAGCAAUUGAAUUGGCAGUCACGCCUAAGGAUAGCGAUGGGAGUAAUAUACUGUCUGAACCACAUGCACCAGCAGAACCCUCCUGUAAUCCUAAGAAAUCUGAACUCUUCAUGCAUAUACCUGACUGAAGACAACGCUGCAAAGGUUUCAGACAUCAGUUUUGGCGGCAACAAGAAAGAAGACGAAGAUGAGUUCAACGCCUCCGAUGAGUGCACCACAGUGUAUAAGUUUGCUUUGCUUCUGCUCGAGUCCAUCUCUGGAAGGCGUCCAUUUUCUGAUGAUAGCGGCCUCCUAAUUCUAUGGGCGCACCGGUACCUCACCGGCGAAAAGCCCUUGAUGGGUAUGGUCGACUCAACACUCAAAGCAGUCCCUGAGGAGCAUGUCAGAGCACUCACAGAGCUGAUAAUAUGGUGCAUAAGUGAUUACCCCAGGCAGAGGCCGACACUGGCGGCGGUAACCAGAAGGAUGCAAGAGAUCACUGGGUUUUCGCAAGAUCAAGUAAUCCCAAGGAAUAGUGCAUUGUGGUGGGCUGAACUUGAAAUCAUCACGGCAUAGAGAAAUAUACGAGUCACUGUGCAAACAGUCUUGCGGCAAUUCUGCGAUACUGUUCAUUUGAUGAAAGGAAAAAAAAAUGUACAGUUCGGUGUUCUUAGGGCAGGGCUUGCUGUACAUAUAUGCCUGCGGUAGAAACGUUAUUCUUUCAUUCUUUAUUAGUAGAUCCUUUUUGUUUGUUUUUUGGAUUUUCACUAGUAAAUCCUGGAAAGCUUGUAGAGUGCAAAGAUAUGCCAAACAAACAGUGGACAAACUGAACAGGUAUAUGUUCACAGCGUCCCAAGUUUGAAAAGAUUUGUUUUGAGCAGUUGAGAGAACAUAAAUCUAUGCAAA